AUGUUUCAAUCAGACCUUAUCUCUUCUCGCGCCUUAUCACCCUACUCACUACCUUCAAUAAUAAUAGGAAUCCUUCUCUUCAGUUUAAUAUGUUUGAGAUUUCUAUUAUUCCCAAACCGAACCAAUCGAGGGGGUAAAUCAGAAGAUCAAGUAAUAGUUUUAACUGGUCCAAUGUCAAGUGGAAAAACAAAACUUUGGUCAAGAUUAGUUUAUGGUUCAGAUACGAUAGAAACAAUGUCAAGUAUGGUUAUCAAUUCGGCUUUAAUAAGGGAACCAUCAAUGAUGAAUUCGAAUCAAACUAAAUGUGAUUCAACAAAUGUGGAGAAACGAUCAGAUGUUACGAAUACCAAAGUUUUAACUUGUAUCGAUACUCCUGCUCAUCCUCGAUUACGUGCUGAAGCUUUGGCUUCUCAUUUGAUUAAUUCGAAUCGAGUUAUCUUUGUUAUCGAUACUCAAGUUGGACUUAGCGGAAAAGGUCUUCGGGAUACCGGCGAUUCUCUUAAUCUCGUGCUUUCAUAUCUUUUACUAUUAUCUUACCAGCGAUCAAACAUUCAACUACCGCAACUCGCAAUCUAUCUUAACUCAUCUGCUCCAAGUUCAAAGAUAAGCUUACAGCCUGAUCGCACUGAGAAGACGAUUCCGAAAAUCAAUGCGGCAUUAAACAAAGAGCUCAACCGACGUAGGAUAGGCUCCACCACCACCACGGGGGCAUCUUCUUCGUUUUACAUGUCAUCAGCUUCAGCCCGACUUGAAGCCAUAGAAGCUAUCCCAGCUACUCAACAACAAACAUUCUGGAGCGCUUUUACUCGUUUGUUCAAACCAGAAAGUAUUAAAGGUUUAUCUCGAGAUGGAAGCUCAGAAUUUUAUACGUUACCAGAUGAAGAAGGGGAAUUGAUGAGACUACUUGAUGACGAAGAAGAUCAAAUGAUUGGGGUAGAUAAAAGCCUUAACGGAUUCGAGCGGUAUGAGAAACUUUCUGGUCAUCAGAUUCAGUGGAUCGUGAGUACACCCAGUGACCCACAUGGCCUGAAGGAAAUCUGGACAUGGAUAAAGGAAACUUGA